AUGCCGUCCCACAGAUCAGCAGCUGCUUCUCUACUGGCAGUAUGGCUCUGCCUCGGCGUAGCACUGCUUGGAGUUGGAGCAGCACCGCCGGCACCGCCUAGGCCUAGCAGCAGGUGCCAGAGAGAAUGCGGCGGCGUAGACAUCCCUUACCCGUUCGGCAUCGUCGGGCCCGGGCCCGAAUCGCCCGAUCCCGACAACUGUGCCAUGCCUGGCUUCGGCCUGACCUGCAACGAGACCGGGGUUAAUGGUGGCCGCACGCCAUUUUAUUAUGACCUGGAGGUCGUCGACGUCUCGCUGCAACAGGGUCAGGCCCGGAUGAAGAUGAGCAUCUCCACCUACUGCUACAACAACGCCACCCAGGGCAUGGACCCCGUCCCGUGGGGGCUCGACCUCACGGGCACGCCCUACAGGUUCGCCGACACCAACAAGUUCACCGUCAUCGGCUGCCAAACGCUGGCCUACAUCGAGGGCGCGCACACCCACGAGUACACAAGCGGCUGCGUGGCCAUGUGCCGAGCAGAAAGCGACGGCGAUGCGAGGUCGGCCCUCAGCAACGGCUCCUGCUCCGGGAUAGGGUGCUGCCAGACCGCCAUUCCCAGGGGGCUGGACUACUAUCGAGUGUCAUUCGACUCCGGCUUCAACACCGCGGAGAUCCACGACGUCAGCCCCUGCAGCUACGCCGUGCUCAUGGACGUGUCCAACUUCACCUUCCAAACGACCUACGCGACCUUGCCGGGGUUCAACACCACCUACGGCGGAGUGGCGCCGCUGGUGGUGGACUGGGUUGUCGGAAACCAGACGUGCGACGCGGCGCGCAAGAAUUCCUCGUCCUACGCCUGCGUCAGUGACCACAGCGAGUGCUUGGACUCGCUCAAUGGACCAGGCUACAUCUGCAACUGCUCCAAGGGCUUCCAAGGCAAUCCUUACCUGCAAGAUCCGGAGCACGGAUGCAAAGAUAUUAACGAGUGCACGGACCUGGAGAAAUACCCUUGCAAUGUGCCUGGGACUUGCCAAAAUUUUCUUGGCGGAUUCCACUGUCAUUGUCCCAAGCAUACCAAAGGCGACGCCCAAAAUGGGACGUGCGAGGCAAACCACACAUUUGGUCUUGGAGAAAAACUCGGUAUUGGAGCCUUUGGCGUCGUUUUGGUUGGCCUGGUUUGUAUCCUCGCAGUAGAAAUCAUCCGUCACAAAAGGAGUAUCAAAAGACAAGCUCUGAUUAGACAGAGUGACGAAUACUUUCAACAGCACGGAGGCCAGAUACUGUCAGAAAUGAUGGGGGUAGAGCGUAACAUCGGGUUCACCGUCUAUGCCAGAGGAGCGAUCGAGGCGGCAACAAACGGGUUCGACAAGGAGAACAUCAUCGGGGAAGGAGGGCAGGGGACCGUGUACAAGGCGGUCCUCGACGUCGAAGGCAAGGACACACUUGUGGCAGUAAAAAGAUGCAAGGAGGUGGACGAGAGCAAGAGGAAGGACUUCGUGCAGGAGUUGGUGAUACUCGGCCGCGUCGACCAUCCCAACAUCGUCAAGCUCCUCGGUUGCUGCCUGCAGUUCGAGGUGCCUAUCUUGGUCUACGAGUACGUGCAGAACAAAACCCUGCUGGAGCUACUGCACAGCCAGCUGACCUCGUGCCGCGCCAUGCUGGGGACCCGUCUGAGGAUCGCCGCGCAGGCCGCUAGAGCGCUGGCGUACCUGCACUCGCUGGCGCACCCGAUACUCCACGGCGACGUGAAGCCCGCCAACAUCCUGCUCGGUGACGGCUGGGUCGCCAAGGUGUCUGACUUUGGCUGCUCCACCAUCGAUGAGAAAACCCAGGUGGUGGCCAGAGGCACACCAGGCUAUGUUGACCCAGAGUACCUGCUUGAGUACCAGCUCACGGACAAGAACGACGUCUACAGCUUUGGUGUCCUCCUCCUGGAGCUCCUAACCGGGAAGAAGCCAUUGUCUAAACAACGGAAGAGCCUCGCGGCCAUAGUCCAGGAGUCUAUGGGGGAUGGCACGCUCCAUCAACUCUUUGACCAGGAAAUAGUCAAUGAUGCUAGCAUCGGAGUGGCCGUUCAGGCUGUGGAGCUGGCAACUCGAUGCUUAGUUAUGCCGGGGAAUAGGAGGCCGGCGAUGAGGUGCAUUGCUGAGGAGCUCCAACAAUUGGCAGACCAAGUGCAGCAGCCGUUGGUUUCGGAGUGUCAUAGCCUCACUAUCAAAGAUAUGGAGAGCUCCAUGUCAUCUGAGAGUGACACCACCAGGGUUUUCAGCCUUGAGAAGAAAGUCGUGUUGAGCAUAGAAUUCGCUAGAUGA